AUGAUCGCGCUGGGCCGCCAUCUCACCAAUGCUAAAGCGGCGGCGGCGCCUCUCUACCGCCUGUUUAACGUCACUUUGAGCAGACUCAUCACCACUGCGGGUGCAGCAGCUCAGGCGCAGCUGGACCCCGACUACUACUACUACUACUACAACGAGCCGCCCCGACGCAAUGGGCUUGGCGCCAUGACUGACCCGGAAAAUUCGGUUCCAAGAAGAGGAGUGCAGUGGGCGUUUAUAGGAAGUCCACGCGCGAAGAAGCGCGUGUAUGCAGAGACUCUCUCGAAGCUUCUGGAAGUCCCGUGCAUUUCCAUGGCUAGUCUCGCCCGUCAAGAACUUAACCCUUGCUCUUCUCUCUAUAAACAGAUUGCAAAUGCUGUGAAUCGUCGGAUGCUUGUUCCAGAGGAUAUAAUUUUUGGCCUCUUAUCGAAGAGGUUGGAAGAUGGGUAUUACAAAGGUGAAACUGGUUUUAUUCUGGAUGGAAUUCCUCGUUCACAGUUACAAGCUGAGAUUAUUGAUCAACUUGUGGAGAUUGAUUUGGUCGUGAAUUUUAGAUGCACUGAUGAUUACUUGGUGAAACACCAACAAGAAGGUUCCUGGAAAGAGAAGCUCCAAGUCUACGCUGAACAGAGCAAGCCACUAGAAGAUUAUUACCAAAAGCAGAAAAAGCUUCUUGACUUUCAAGUAGGCAGUGCACCUGCAGAGAAUUGGCAAGGGCUGUUGGCUGCAUUGCAUCUACAACACAAAUGCUGUGUGCUCUUCAAAGAAACUGACCGCAUUAUCUAG